AUGGAGCAUAGCAGGUUCUGGAGUUAAUAAACUGUGCCUACUUUUAAUGGGCGUAUUAUAAUUAGUGUUUCAUGGUCAUUUUGUCAUAACAAGUCUAUAAUUCGACAGGUUGAAUGGCUAGUGUGAUUGUUGUGUGGGAUUGGCUCCAUGUUUUUCCAGAUAUAUACUUGAGUAUCAUUAGGGAAUCAAUGAAUAAUUGACAAGUCACAUGUGCUACUAUAAGAUGAUUGUGAGUGUAAUACUGUCGGUUGCAUGUACGUACAGAUGCCGUGUUGCCAAUUGUGGUGAUAAACUGGUCAUGUUAUGUUUUCGGUUUCUGAACACUAGUGCCCUUCUUUCAGAGUGACUGCAUUCCCUGAUCUUAAAUUGUUACAUGCCACUGGUUGUCUCACUCAGGUUCCCCCAUCUCCGCAAUUUAUACAAGGGUACAGGACACAAGGUUCCGUACAGGAGGAAUCCCACCAGCAUCAAACACCGUGUUCGAACUAGAGCAGCAGCAAGUUGCCUCCUCUACCUCUUGGCGUAUCUACAAGACCAAGCAGUUGAAGGGCGAUCUGGCAAAUGUAUGCCUGGAGCAUUUGAAGCACAACAACCUUGUAUAUGCAUCUGGUUAUCUGAACUCUUAUCUACUAUAAGAAAAAUGGCAGAUUUGGUCCCUCCAUCUGUUUUCUCAAAAGUGGCCCACCAAUGGGUGCACAAGAACAAAAGGGAAUCUAUCAUGUUUGUUAUGUAUGUUCUGAAGACGGACUGUGUAGCUCAAGCGCGUGCCCAUCUUCAAAAUAAAUUUGGCAAAUCAGUAGAAGAAGCUAUAGCCAUUGUUGAUGCCAAUAGAACUGACUGGUGUACCGGCUUCAUCAUUGGACAUCGUGGGACUGGAGCUCACGUGCUGACAUGUUGCCACUCUUUGAAGGAGUUCUACUCUGCAGAACAGCAACUAACACGGGAAAUGGUUCAGUGGUUUGAUAUCCAUGUCAUGUGUACUCAUCAAGAAGAACAUCUGGCAAGCUCAAACUCUUCGCUAUAUGAUAAUGCUGAUUAUCCAAGGAUUUACACCAUGGCAACUGCUGUGAAAGUGGAUGGAAAUAAGGACUUAAUGCUCCUGGAGAUCAACAUGGAUCAGUUGUACCGCAGAGGUUGGAACAGAUGUCAAAGAUCUCAUGUGCCAUUGAAGCUUGCGAAAAGUGUGCCUCCUCAGCUAAACGAUGUUGUAAUGAUAUCCUGGCCACCACUUCUACCUGACACGGUCGUCACCGGCGAACUUACCAACACAUCUCGCUGUUACAAUCAACUAAGCAGUGAGACCAACAAAGGGUAUAAUAUGCGCUUGAUUGAGCUGAACAUGAUCGGUAGAGAUGGUUGCUCUGGCUCACCGAUACUGAACCAUGAAGGAGAAGUUGUUGCUGUAUACCAUGGUCGGCUGCAUGACAAAGGCUAUGCAGUCAGCUUCAGGGAUGUACUGGACUUCUUAGGGCCACGUUUUCGACAAAUGUGUGGGCUCACAUAUUGACAUGCAAUUUUCCGUCCAUGAAUUAUAAGGUGCAGGAAGUAGAAUAGUCGAAAGGAUUUGAUGAGUGGGCCAACAGUUAUGUUGAAGUGGAAGGAGAAUUGACAGUUCAAGGUCAUAGGAGAAUUGACAGUUUUGUUCCUGUAGAAGGAGAAUCAACAGUUUUGUUGCAGUAGAAGAAGAUUAGGGAACUUCAGCAAGUAUUUUGGUGACUUACCAAGCCAUUCUUUGCCAUAGAGUUCAGAAUGGAUUGAAGACUGGUUAGAGAUCUCUGGGCGAUCUUAUAAGUACAUGAUUCUUACUUUUGUUUCUGGCGAUGAACAUUGUAAGCAUGUUUCGCCGUCACCGAGUAGACACGUUCGGAGUAAACAUAUGUCCAUGAGUUUGCUUCAAUUUUUGUUAUUGCUGCUAUGCCCUGGAUACCAAAGAGAGAAGGGGAGUGGUACACAGAGAGGGAACACAGAACCUGACCAGAUAUGUCCUUUAGAGAAUUCUUUUGGUCUCAUCCUGUCUGCAAGUGAAAAUUCUGCAGAAUGUGGGUUGUUAUGUUGAUCUACCAUUGUGCUUUUCCAGGAAUUUAACAUGUUUGUUUGAGUUUGCAUGAUGUCAUGCUUAUUUUCUAGGGCACUCUUCAGUAUUGUA